AUGUCAGUAGCUGGAGAAUUUCUGUUGCAGCAUAAUACUCAACCAAGAGCAGAGUCACCGGAAAGUGAAUGUGAACUUCAGAGUUCCAUCUCGACAUCUUCUAGCUGUUGCUCUUUGGGAGCCAUGGACUGCUCAGUCAACUUGUCUCCUACCAGACUCGAAAAAUACAGAACACCUCCUUCCCCUAUAUUUAGCGACCUGGAGGUAGACCCAGAUUGCAAGUGCAUGGAGACCGAGAGUCAGUUUUCCAAUGAGCAAGAUGAUUACUUGCAAUUUCUAGAACCAUUUCCAGUGCAGGCUCCUCCUUACUCUCUGCUUGCUCCUGGAGGUUGUCCAAGGUUCCCCAUCGAAGUGCCGGCCACUGCCCCUAAUGAACCUUUACCUGAAUACCUGCCAUCAAUAUAUAAGAUCGGCAUGGUUUCCCGCAAGAUUGAAUGGCUCUCUCCUUUCGAACCCUCACCUUCUAGACUGUGGAAGCUGAUAAUCCUCGAGCUCAACUCCACUCAGCUCAACUUUUACUUCGUCCCCAGUAAUUUGGAAGCACAUUUAUCCACUAUACAAAGUACCUCGUCACUGACUGGUGCCGCUUUAAAUUCUGUGGAGGAGCUGGAUGUGCUGGUCAUCAGUUCUCGCUUUACUUCGAAUUCGGACUUGCAUUUCUACAAAGGCUGUCAGCGCCUUGGCAUCUUCGAUCCUCUGAGAGCACAUUUACCAUCAUCUGCAUCAUCACUUUUUGAAGAAGAACAAAGCCCCGUUCGCUACAAAUCAUCAAAGAAAGGAGCUAGAUUGAUACGUUCUUAUUCGUUGCAGCAUGCUCAACUCGGACUAGCUGCUGACUACCUCAAGAAACCUAACGUUUUAAGAAUUAGAGUGGAAAGCGAGCAAAUACUACUUCAUUUUGGCUCUACUAAGGAGUUGGUUGAGUGGCAUUUCGCAUUAUCGAUGGGUCGUGACAUAUCGUUGGACCUUGAGGAUAGACAUAUUCCUCGCUACCGCACAGUCCCUAGACGCAGAAACAGAAAUACUCCUAUACUGGAGUCAACAUUGGCUUUUAUAGCAUCCUCCACUCCUCUGCAAUUAUCAAGGCAAGACAGUAUUGGACAAUUCUAUGAAGAUCCUGUAUCACGAGGAAGAGCCAGAUCAAACUCUCAAAAGAGUAUAGAGUCUUCAGCAAUGAAGGCAAGGUUAUCAAAUAUCAGAUCCAAGUUCCGGUCCAAUAACACUCCAGCUCCUCCCCCGUCCAAUGAUAUUAUCAAAGGUGGAAGAACCACUGUCUUCAAUGUGGGCGCAGAUAACACGCCCGAGCCUAUAUACCCUACCAAUAGAGGGUUUGUGAGGACAUCUAGUGUGGACCGUGAUGACAAUGAACUGAUUGAUGUCCAAAAUAUGAGUGAUCUCCAAGGUUCUGAUGAUGAAGAUGAAGACUACGACGAUGAUGUUGUAGCCUUUUCAUGUAGUAAUGGGUCUUCCGCAGCCGCUAAAUGGGCCCCAGACCCAGACAACAUCGUCUCGGAGAGAAAGUUCUACAGGAAUUGCUUGAGGUGUAUCAAGCCUCUCAACAUGGAUGAACUGUGGGUGAAUAAGCCUAUGGUGAAGCCAUCGUCCCUUUCACCUCUCAAUUUGUCCUUCUUGAAACAUGUGAAGUACGCCACAUCGACGACGCACAGCAGCAGUGCAAGCUUGGCAAGUUUGAGCUCAUCAUUUUCCGCUUCACUGCUCAUACAAAGUAACGCUCAGAAAAGUAGAAAGAAAAGCUUUUCCUUCAAAGAUAGCUUUAUGUACUAUUCUGAUGGAGGUUUAUCAAAAAUACCUAACCACUUUGUGAAGGAGUUUACGGUUGGAACAACUGGAUUAAUGGCCAAGGAACUUUGA